AUGAACGGCACAGAAUCUCCCGAAUCCCAGAAGCCACCGCCUUCCUCGGCCGGAACCAAUGGACAUGCCAGCACCAACAGCAGUCUUGCCGCCAAGAAGCGCAAGAAGGACGGCCUGAAGCCCAUCAUCACCAUGGAAGGGGCAAGUCCUCACCCAGCGAUUGGCCAAGCACCAUUCCAGCGGCUUGUCCGAGGACGGUCAGCGGCGACACAUGGCGCGGUAUUGCAUCACAUUACAGAAGACGGCAGCGGGCAGCGAAGCAGGUUGAAACGAGUGUGGACACUGCUCACUCAACCACUGGCUCCCCCCGCCAACGAUGGCUGGGAUUCAGGAGCUUGGGACUCUCACCCGAGGCAUGUCCCAUGGGUCUGGUGGUUGGCGAUGGUGCAGGAUGCGAAUGUGAUGGUCUGGCAUAGCCAAGGUGGUGGUGCUCAUGCCCGUUACCACCUGACUGACCGGUGCCGUCACUCUGCGUUCUGCCAUGCCGCUGCUUGCUCCCUUGUCUUUGCCGGCUUCUCGGUGGCGGGCUGGACUCUUUGA